AUGGCAAAUUCGGCGAUGAUCCUCAGGAAUACAUUCGGCAGCAGGGCGGCUGCACAGUCAUAUAUACACAAGAGGCACAGCCGCAGGCGCACGGAGGAGGUUGGCGGCAGGGUGCCACGGCGAUCGCAUCCUCCACCAUUCCCUCGCGACACAAGCCACUACAGUGCCGCUAUCCCUCAGGCCCCAUGGCUGCGUCUGCACCCGCUCCAGAGCUCGGCUGCGAUUGGCGGCAAGGCUGCAAAUCAGUUGCGGAACCACGCCUGGGCGCAGAGACCUGCUGUGAGACCCGCGCGAAUCGUCCCGUUAUCAGAGGAUCUUGACAAGACGCACAAGACGAAUUCGACGAGGCUGGUGACAGUCCCCGCCAUGCACACCAGCCGCCGACACACGCCUACACACGCCUUCUCUUUUGCAACACCGCAGCCGGAAGCGAACUCACCGUUCCUGACACCGCCAGGGGUCGCCCAUGCCAACAGGGACUAA